AUGGCCGCGCAUGAGGCCCGAGAGACAUAUGAGCAGGAGAGCGACCUGCGUAUCCUCUUUGACUCUCUGAGCCAGAGGAUCCGCCAGAAGGAACAUGAGUAUCUUGAGUUGAGGCAAGGCUUCAAGACUCUCCAGGAUGACUUCAUGUACAAUCUGUCACUGCUUGAAGACCGGGACCGAGAGCUGGAGGUCUACGAGCAGCAGAUCCAGGAUAUGAAGGCAGAUCUUUCGGACCGUGAAGCUGUCGAAAGCGAGCUUAAAAUCACGAUCGCAGAGAAAUCCGCCGAGCUGCUGAAUCUCAAGUCGCUGGUGCAGACCCAGGAGCAGCACCAUCGAGAGGCCCUGCGAGGGUUGCGGAAAGAACAUGAGGGAAUGGGCACCUGGAUCGAUCUUUGCAUGCUGAGGCGCUUACAUGCCUCGCUCUCCACACAGACCGUCGCCAGAGCGUACGAUGACCGGAUCCGGUCCCUCAACGAAACCAUUGAGCUGCUCAAAGUGGAGCAGGACUCUGAGCUUCGCGAGAUUCGCCACAAUAUCGAGGCACAGAGACAGACCUGGUCGGACGAAGUCGACCAUUAUAAACACGACCUUGACUUGGAAGCAGAGGCAUGUCGCCAUGAAAUGGAGCUCGAGAAAAUCAAGUUGCAGGACCAAAUCACGGAGCUACAAGGUCAACUGGACUUGGAGAAGGAAGCCCGAGAAGCUGGGCAGCAGCGAUAUCAGCAACAGGGCGAGCUACUGAGAGAGCACGAGCGCACAAUCAAACGAUAUCAAUGGGAGCUCGGAGAUGCAAAAAAGAGCCUGGCCAAAACCCAGACCGAUCUGGAAGGGCAGCUGGAGGAGCUCCGCACCAAGCACCAAAAUGCUCUGCUGGUGUUCGAAGAGCGCCAAGCCCAUAUCCUCCGGGAAGCCGAUGAGCGCGACCAAUCCCAUCAUCAACAAAAGCGUGCGAUGCAGGAGAAGCAUGAAAGGCUGCUGCUGCGGUGCGCUGACUUGGAGCAAACGAUCGAGUCCCUGAAGCAGGACCACGAGCAGCAGCGACUUCUUAAUCACGAACAAGCAGACAAAGCGACAAAAACGAAUGCAGAGCUGGAGGAAACCAUUGCCAGGCUAACUCGAGAUAUGAAGGAAGCGGCGAAAGCAGCCGAGAACGAGAUCUACACCAAGACACAGGAACUCAAGAGUCAAAGUGAAAUUAUUGCAAUCUACGACCAAGAGAGAGCAGAACGGCGCAAGGAUCUCGAAGCCUACAAAAGCGAAGUGGCGCGGUUGAUUGAUUCGGAGCAAGCCCUGAAGAGGGAGCUGCUUGAAAAGGAAUUGCUGUUUGAAAGGCGCGUCGAAGAUGCCAAGAUGCAGGCCGCUUCUGAACAUGAGCAAGUUGUCCGGUCGCUUAUGCAAGCAAAAGAGCGCUCCGAAGCCCAAAUCAAACUACUCCGAGGCCGCAUCAAGUCAAUCAGCAGCAGCCAAACGAUACACUCAGAUCCGCACAAGGAUGACACAGCGUUCAGCGGCCUCCGCUCUGCUCGGUCGGAUUUUGAAGAUGCCCCAGCCUCUGUCGACUCAGCUGGAGCGGGAUACAUCCCGCGCCAGGCUCCCUUUAACCCGAACUCGGUAGCAGACGAACGCGCAUCUGAUCUCAAAGACAGCAAGUUGCAGGGCCUGAUGGUUGAGUCGAUCGUGCGACAGAGCCCUGAGCCUCAGCCGACUCUGAACUGCUUUUUCGGCAAUCAGAACGACAGACUUGUGUCUGUCAUCAAGGAAAUGCGGCGUGACAUGGAAGCCCUCCAGGAGAUGGUCGAGGAUCACCAAACGGCCAAGACAGAUGUCGGCGUCUACAUUAGUCGCAUCGAGCAGCUGCAAGAACAGGUGGCCCGUCUGAGUUGCAGACAAGCCAACAAGCAGGACCGACCCGGCCGAACGGAUGCGAGGGGAGAUGGCCUGGUGGGCUCGCAGCGACAAUCCCGUCGGAGGCAAUCAAGAGAUGCAUAUGCAUAUCAGCCGCGCUCGCCAUCGUCCGAUAGCGAAGAAAUUUGGAGAAUCAAGAAGCCGCAGCAAGAUCCGCCAUCUGAGUGA